AUGAGUGACUGUGUGGAGGAAGAGGAGGGCAGAGCAGAGUCUGCAGUGUCCAGCUGUCUGUCCAUGAAGAGUGACCGGUCUAAAGCAUAUCCUCCACUCUUCAGUGCUGAACCUGAACCUUCAGACACAAAGGACAGGAAGAGGAGUCGAGGUGAUGUGAAGGAGCAGCUGUCCUGCUGUGCUUUGUGUCAGGAGGUCCUGAGGGAUCCAGUCUCCACCAGCUGUGGACACUGGUUCUGCAGACGGUGCAUCAUCUCAUACUGGGACCAGUCUGAUCCAUCAGGAGAUCCUGCCUGUCCCCAGUGUGGAAAAAGAUCCAGAACAAGACCUGGACUGCAGACACCCAGUCAAACCAGUCCAGUGGACGGCGGUCUGCAGGAGGUUUUAGACGAGCAUAAGAUCAGUCUGAGGAGGAGAUGUGAAUUUGUGACAGAAGGAACUGCUGCAGCAGGAAGUGGAACCCCCCUCAACAGGAUCUACACUGAGCUCUACAUCACACAGGGACGGAGGGAAGAGGUUAAUACCCAACAUGAGGUGUGGCAGCUGGAGACAACAUCCAAGAUGGAGACCCUCAGUGACACUCCAAUCAAGUGCCAGGACAUCUUUAAACCCUUAGCUGGCCAAGACACACACAUCAGAGUAGUUGUGACGCAGGGCGUUGCUGGCAUUGGAAAAACCUUCUCAGUGCAGAAGUUCACACUGGACUGGGCAGAGGGCUUGGAAAACCAACAUGUCAGUCUUGUGGUUCUGCUUUCGUUCCGGGAACUGAACUUGAUCAAAGAUGAGCGCUACAGUCUUCUCCAGCUUCUCCGUGUUUUCCAUCCAACAUUACAGACGGUCACAGCAGAGAAGCUCGCCGUCUGUAAAGUCGUGUUCAUCUUUGACGGCCUGGAUGAAAGCAGGUUUUUAUUGGAUUUCCAGAACAAUGAGGUCGUGUCUGAUGUCACACAGACGUCAUCAGUAGACGUGCUGUUGACAAACCUCAUCAAGGGGAAUCUGCUUCCCUCGGCUCUCCUCUGGAUAACGUCCAGACCUGCGGCAGCCUAUCAGAUCCCUCCUACAUGUGUGGACAGGGUAACAGAAGUGCGAGGGUUCACUGACCUCCAGAAGACGGAGUACUUCAGGAGGAGAUCCGGUGAUGAGGAGCUGUGCAGCAGAAUCAUCUCACAUAUCAAGGAGUCCAGGAGCCUCCACAUCAUGUGCCACAUCCCAGUCUUCUGCUGGAUCACUGCUACAGUCCUGGAGCACAUGUUGACUACAGACCAGAGAGGAGAGCUGCCCAAGAGCCUGACUGACAUGUACUCACACUUCCUGCUGGUUCAGACACAGAGGAAGAAGCACAAGUACAAUGAGAGACAUGACAGGAGUCAGCAGGAGCUGAUGGAGACUGACAGGGAAGUUCUUCUGAAGCUGGGCAGGCUGGCGUUUGAACAUCUGGAGAAAGGCAACCUGAUGUUCUACCAAGAAGACCUGGAGGAGUGUGGUCUUGAUGUCAGAGAGGCCUCGGUGUACUCAGGAGUGUGCACAGAGAUCUUCAAAACCGAGUGUGUGCUCUUCCAGAGAAAAGUCUACUGCUUUGUUCAUCUGAGCAUUCAGGAGUUUCUGGCUGCAGUCUACAUCUUCCACUGCUACACCAACAGGAACACAGAGGUACUGGCCAGAGUCAUGAGAACACACAAGAAUAAAGGAGUUGACAAUGAGCCAUCGUUGGAUAUCUUCCUGGAGAAAGUCAUGUCUGAAGCCCUGCGGAGCAAAAAUGGUCACCUGGACCUCUUUGUCCGUUUCCUUCAUGGCCUCUCACUGGAGUCCAACCAGAGGCUCUUAGGAGGCCUGCUGGGGCUCUUAGGAGGCCUGCUGGGUUGGAAAAAGAGCAGACCAGAACACAUCCAGAGAGUCAUCAACAACCUGAAGGGGAUGAACACCUACUUUGUCUCACCUGACAGAAGCAUCAACAUCUUCCACUGUUUGAUGGAGAUGAACGACCUCUCAGUACAUCAGGACAUCCAAGAGUUCCUGAAGUCAGAGAACAGAUCAAAGAAGAAACUCUCUGAGAUCCACUGCUCAGCUCUGGCCUACAUGCUGCAGAUGUCAGAGGAGGUUCUGGAUGAGUUUGACCUGCAGGCGUACAACACAUCAGAGGAGGGACGAAAGAGACUGAUCCCAGCUGUGAGGAACUGCAGGAAGGCUAGCUGCAGGUUGUCAGAGAGCAGCUGUGCUUCUCUGGCCUCGGCUCUGAAGUCCAACCCCCAUCUGACAGAGCUGGACCUGAGUGAGAACGAGCUGCAGGAUUCAGGAGUGAAGCUGCUGUCUGCUGGACUGGAGAGUCCAAACUGCAGACUGGAGACUCUCAGACUGAGGGACUGCAGCUUGACAGAGAGCAGCUGUGCUUCUCUGGCCUCGGCUCUGAAGUCCAACCCCCAUCUGACAGAGCUGGACCUGAGUGAGAACCUGCUGCAGGAUUCAGGAGUGGAGCUGCUGUCUGCUCUGGUGGAGAGUCCACACUGCAGCCUGAAGACUCUGAGGCUGGAACAUGUAAAAGACUGGACUCCAGCUUGCAGCCUGAGAGGAUAUGCCUGUGAUCUCACACUGGAUCCAAACACAGCGAACAGAGAGCUCCAUCUGUCUGAGGACAGCAGGAAGGUGACGAUGGAGAGAGAGAAGCAGUCGUAUCCUCGUCACCCAGACAGAUUUAACUGGAGGCCUCAGGUUCUGUGUAGAGAAGGUCUGACUGGGCGAUGUUACUGGGAGGUCCAGUGGAGUGGAUGGGUUUCUAUAGCAGUGACUUACAGAGGAAUCACAAGAAGUGGUGCUGACUCUCGGCUUGGAAACAAUGAACAGUCCUGGAGUCUGAGGUGCCGUGAUUACAGCUACACUGUCAGUCACAACAGGAAGUCCACCAGCAUCUCUGUCCGUCCCCGUGGAUCUCACAGAGUAGCAGUGGAUCUGGACUGCUCUGCUGGGACUCUGUCCUUCUACAGAGUCUCUUCUGACAGACUGAGACUCCUGCACACCUUCAGCUCCACCUUCACUGAGCCGCUCCUCCCUGCGUUUGGUUUGUGGUCACCUGGUUCUUCUCUUGUGGUUGAGCUGCCAGUUUCUCAGAAACAAACUCUGACCUGAAAGUGUUGAGAACAUGUUUGGCUGAUUUGUGAUUUAUAGUUACUGUUUUUUUGUUUGUUUGUUUUUUUAUUGUAACAGGCAUCUUGGUGGAUAAUUGUUACUGAUUGACUGGACAGGCGCGUAAAUAUAAUAAGUCAUUAUAAUGUUUGUAUAUUCAAAUUCUUAAUAUUGUGCAAAAGUGUCAUUUAAACCUCC